UUAGUCCAAGUUAGUCAACAUUUCAGAACGUUUAAAAAGCUUCAGCACGAUUGGAUCGAGCGGCGAUAUUUCUCGAAACAAAUUGUUUUACCUUUUGUUUCAACCUAAAUUUAAGAUUAAAGUCUAAAAUUUUCAUUUACAAUCAAAAAUGUCUCACACAAUUUUGCUGGUCCAACCUGGCCCAAGGCCUGAAACUAGGACCUAUUCAGACUACGAGAGUGUAAACGACUGUAUGGAAGGCGUUUGCAAGAUCUAUGAGGAGCAUCUGAAGAGGCGAAACCCGAAUACGCCUACAAUCACCUACGACAUCUCGCAGUUGUUUGAUUUUGUCGAUCAGCUUGCGGAUCUCAGCUGUCUCGUAUACCAGAAAUCCACGAACACAUACGCACCAUACAACAAGGACUGGAUAAAGGAAAAAAUAUAUGUUUUGCUACGUCAAGCGGCAGGGCAGAGUGACUAGAUGUAAGUUCUUUAGUUUACGGUAACAUAUACUGUGUGGGGGCAACAAGUGUUUGGUAACGUUUGAAACGUUUCUUUAGUCGUGAAAAGUUUUGGUCACUGGGAGAUUUUGUAAAUUAUACCUGAAGGUACAGGAUACAUUGCUACAACUUAGUUUUUGAAUUAAUUUACUGGUUGUAUUACAUUUUAUGCCCAAUGGCACUCCUAUUUGUAUGGUCUCUACUACAAUACUUCCAGAUAUUUUAUGUAAGAAAAUAUUUUGACGUUACAUUCACUUACUUAGUCCAAGAUC